AUGUCAUCCAACAACACCUCGGCCAGUGUCUCCAUCGAUAAGUUCGAUGGGGACAACUACUCAACCUGGUGUCGCUACAUGCGCGGCGUGUUUCUGACGAAGUCAGUCUGGUACGUCGUGAACCGCGAAACGUCUCCAACCUUCACCGACACGCGAGCUUCCGACGAGUACGUCAAGGCGAGCAACAUCGCGUUCGGGUUGAUGUUGCUCCACAUGGACGCCGACUACCACCAUGUGGUCGACAACUGUGAAGAAGCAUGGACAGCGUGGUCGCGGUUGAAGAUGCUCUAUGGUGGGUCGCAGAAGGCGGGACGCAUCUACCUUAAGCGCCAGCUGUUCAGCAUCAAGAUGGCGGAAGGUGCCAACGUCUUGCACCAUUGCAACGAAAUCUUGAACAUCGGCGCCAAGCUCAGCAGCAUCGGUGCCAAGAUGGAAGACGAAGACAUUGCGAUCUGCUUGCUGCUCAGUCUCCCGAAGAGUUUCGAGAACGUGGUUCUGAACUUGGAGAUGAGCACUGCAGAGCUGCGCACGCAAGAUGUGGUCAAGGUGCUGACUAACGAGCACAUCAAGCGACAAGGCGAGAAGAUGACAACGGCAACGACAACGGUGAAGACUGAAGAUGCGACAAAGGCAUUCAGUACCGAGCGCAAGCCCUACCAAUGCACAUACUGCGGCAAGGUGGGGCACACGGCAGAGCGUUGCUGGACGAAGCAAAAGGAUGAAAGUCGAGGAGCCCAACGCGGCGGCAAUGGUCGUGGACGCGGGGCAAACAAUGUCCAGUGGCGACAUUAUGAUGAAGGCAACAGCUACGAUCGAGUGGCGUUUGCAGUUUCGUUCGAAUGCGGAGUUUCGACGAACAAGAAUGGACCAGGAAUGUGGGCCGUUGACAGCGGGGCAACACAUCACAUCUGCCACGACAAGUUCAAGUUUGCAAGCUUGGUCGAAGGCAAUGAUGGCGAGAUCCUGGUGGCUGAUGGCAACAAGGCGGCCAUCAAAGGUGUGGGGACCAUCGUGGAAAAGGUGAUUCUGCCAAACGGGGAAGAGCGCGAGAUCGAGAUCAAGAACGCGCUCUAUGUGCCCAGCAUGAGCAAAAAUCUGCUCUCGGUGCCGCAGAUUAACAAGCACGGCAACUUCCAAGUGGUGUUUGACGGGGAUACGAUGUACGUCGCUCGCAAGGAUUCCAAUCAAGUGGUGGCAGCUGCGGAUCUUGUAGACGGACUCUACUGGCUUCGCACGACGCAGCGAUCGGCCAAUGCGACAUCACUCAGCAACGCUGUUGAUCUACAUGCGCGAAUGGGCCAUGCUCCAGUCGACGUGCUUCGCAGGAUGGUGACAAGCCACAUGAUCAAGGACGCUCACAUCCCUUCCAAGCCGAAUGGAUCAAGUGUGUGUCGAGGAUGCCAAGAAGGGAAGAUGGUCCAAAAACCAUUCCCCAGUAAUCGUGACAAGCGCACCUACAACACCUUCGAGAUGCUCCACUUCGACAUCUGCGGACCCAUGGAAGAAAAAUCUCUGGGUGGCAGCAAGUAUCUGCUGCUGAUCGUGGAUGAAGCCAGCGGAUGCAUGAAGGGUUUUUGUCUGCAUUCCAGGUCAGAGAGCGAAGAGUGCAUCAAGAAGUACAUCACGAUGAUACAGACGCAGUUCAACAAGAAGGUCAAAUUUGUGCGACACGAUGGAGCCCGCGAGUUUGCGACGAACUCGCUUCAAGAUUUCUACGAAGUCGAAGGCAUCGAGCAACAAACCACGGUGCCAUACGCACAUCAAGCCAAUGGAACUGCUGAACGCGCGAUUCGAACUAUCGUCACCAUCGGUCGUAGCAUGCUCCAUCAUGCCAAGUUGGACAAGUGCUUAUGGGCUGAAGCGGCAAUGACGGCCGUCUAUGUGAAGAACCGUUUGCCGUCACCCAAGAUUCCACACAAGACACCGUUCGAGAUUGUCUACAAUUCUAAGCCAAGUGUCAAGCACAUGCGCGUUUUUGGGUGCCAAGCAUACAUCUUGACCCCGAAGGAGAAACGACUCAAGUGGGAUCCCAAGGCCCGGGCUGGAUUGUUUUUGGGCUACGAAGAAGUGUCCAAGGCGUAUCGAGUUUACGACAUCGAAGCGGGGCAGGUGAUGAUAAGUCGCGAUGUCAACUUCGAUGAGUCGGCCUUUGGAAUGUCGAUGCUGAUUUCCGAUGACGAUGUUGAUGGCCUGGACUUCGAAUCGAUCGAUCUUGAUGAUGAAGAACCGCGUCCGAGACACUUCAAACAAACAGGAAAGCGCAAGGCCCAACCCAGUCACGACAUGACGACGCAAGCAUGCCCCGAGCAGUGCGCCAACGACCCGGAUUGGAAGAGUCAAGUGCGCCGGAUGACCUCUCUUCACGUCGAGCCAACGAAGAUGAAGAAAGGAACGGUCGAUUUUUCAGAGCCGUCGACAUUUGAAGAAGCAGUGUCUGGCCCGGACCAACUACACUGGCGCAAGGCAAUUGAUGCGGAGCUCGAUUCGAUGAAGCUUCGCGGUGUCUUUCGUGCGGCCAAGUUACCCAACGGACAAAGCGCCAUUGGCACAAAGUGGGUCUUCAAGAUCAAGCGCAAGGCGGAUGGGUCGAUCGAGAAAUACAAGGCACGACUUGUGGCCAAGGGUUUUCGCCAAAAGUAUGGCAUCGACUACACGGAGACGUUCUCGCCCGUGGUCAAGUAUGUGACGCUGCGAAUGGUGAUCGCCAUUACCAAGCACUUUGGAUGGCCCCUCGACCAGCUCGAUGUGGUGACUGCGUUCCUUUAUGGAGUGAUGAAGGAGAAGGUGUUCUGCGCUGUUCCGGAAGGCGUCAAGAUGGAAGGUGAUUUCGACUGUCUCGAGCUGAUCAAGGCGAUCUACGGUCUCAAGCAAGCCUCGCGUGUUUGGAACGAGACCUUCGACGAGUUCAUACGCUCGAUUGGUUUUCAAGCGUCGGGAUUCGAUCCAUGUCUCUACAUCAUGACUUCGGAAGGCCAUUGUGUUUUUGUGCUGGUCUACGUGGACGAUGUCUUGGUGACUGGAAGCUCGCUCGAGAUGAUUGCGCGCACCAAGAACGACCUCAAGACACGCUUCGAGAUGACGGACAGCGGCAAGUGUGCCUUUGUUCUUGGGAUCGAGUUAUUGGACGGUGAAGAUGGCAGCGUGACUAUGUGUCAGCGCCGUUAUGUCGACGAUGUCCUCAAGCGCUUUGGAAUGGAUGAGUGCAAGGCUGUGGCAAGUCCGGUGGACGUCAGCUCUCGACUGGUUCCAAGCAACUCUGCAAGCAAGGUGGAUGUCCCAUUCCGUGAAGCAGUGGGUGCUUUGAUGCACCUGACGACUGCAACGCGACCGGACAUCGCCUAUGCUGUAAGCUUUGUGUCACGGUUCAUGGAGAAACCCCAAGAAGAACACUGGGUUGCAGUCAAGCGCAUCUUCCGCUACCUACAAGGCACCAAGAUGCAUGGAAUCUGCUACAAGCCAAGUGCGAAGAUCGACUUUCGUGGCUAUUCAGAUGCAGACUGGGCCGGUGACCUUGCUGAUCGCAAAUCGACGUCCGGCUACGUCUUCAUGCUAUUGGGUGCUCCGGUGAGUUGGGGCAGCAAGAAACAGCCAAGUGUGUCACUGUCUACAAGCGAAGCGGAGUACAUCGCGCUCAGCCUGGCGAUCCAAGAAGGCAAGUGGAUCAAUCGCUUGCUGUGCGAGAUCAUGGCGGCUGCAAACGAAGAAGGACCCGAGCUCGUCAUCCGUGAAGACAACCAGUCGUGCAUCAAGAUGACGAAGAAUCCGGUCAACCACGGCCGCGCUAAACACAUCGACAUCAAGUACCAUCACAUCCGUGAUGAAGUCAAGCGCGGCGAAGUGAAGCUUGAAUACUGCGAGACGACGUUGAUGUUGGCGGACAUCAUGACGAAGGGACUUCACGGACCGCGUCACAAGGACUUGACGGCGGCGCUUGGCAUCCGUGCGUGUUCGGAUUGA